AUGAUCAAUGGUGUCUUAUUUUUAGAUUUAAAAAAAGCUUUUGACACUGUUGGUCAUAAUAUAUUAUUAACCAAAUUAAGUUUUCUUGGAAUCUGUGAUAAAACAUUACAUUGGUUUAAAUCAUAUUUUACUGAUAGAACUCAACAAUGUUAUGUUAAUGGUUAUUUAUCUGGUAAAGUGCAGGUCAAAAGUGGAGUUCCCCAAGGUUCAGUUCUAGGUCCUUUAUUAUUUCUUAUUUAUAUAAAUGAUUUGACGACUUCUGUUAAUCAUGGUACUGCCCGAAUGUAUGCAGAUGAUACUAACGUAUCAUUCUCAGGAUGUGUUUUUUCUGAACUUCAACGGCAGAUGAAAAAAGACCUGGAACAUUUAGAAUCCUGGCUUAUAGCCAACAAACUUACUUUAAAUACAGUGAAAACUGAAUAUAUGGUUGUUGGUUCAAAACAAAGAAUAAAUUCACUUGUGGGUGAUCUGACACUUUCCCUUAAUGAUAUAUCUCUACGUAAAGUUAAGAGUACUAAGUGCUUAGGAGUGACAAUAGACGAAUUUCUCACAUGGGCUGAGCACAUAGAUAACGUAAUUAAAAAAUUAGCGAUCGGCGUUAGUCUUCUACGUAGAAAUAGAAAAGUCUUGAAAAAGUGCGAUCUUAUGAAUGUAUAUAGAGCUAUUGUAGAACCUUAUUCUGAUUACUGUUGUAUAAUUUGGGAUGGCAUCAGUGACUAUUUGGCGUUAAAGCUUCAAAAACUUCAAAAUCGUGCAGCACGUAUUAUUACUGGAGCCGACUAUUCGCGAAGGUCCAGUGAUAUAUUAAACGAAUUAGGAUGGGGAGAAGUUGAGUGA